AUGAGUCAAUAUACAGAGUAUGAGAUUAAUCAGGCUCUUAAUGCGAUCUCUAAUGGGCUUAGCGUGCGAAAAGCUGCAUUGCAGUAUGGGGUCCCAAAGUCUACUCUUUAUGAUCGUAUCCAAGGCACCCAAUCAAGAGAUAUUGCCUUCUCAGAUCUACAGAGGCUCUCUCCAACCCAAGAAAGCCAUUUGGCUGAAUGGAUUCGAAUCCAGGCUGCCCUAGGCCUACCACCAACCCAUCAACAACUCAAGGAAUUCGCUGAGCGUAUCCUACAGAUCCAUGGAGACGCCAAGCCUCUAGGGAAGAACUGGGUUCAAGCUUUUAUCAAGAGAAACCCAUCUGUAAGGGUCCAGAGAAGCAGAGCAAUUGAUUCCCAGCGCAUCAACGGAGCCUCAACUAAUGUCAUCAGCCCUGAGAUCAUAGCCAUUAAAGCCUCCAAUCGAUACAAUAUGGAUGAGUCUGGUAUUCUGGAAGGCAGAGGAUCAAAUGGGCUUGUUCUUGGAUCAUCAGAAACUCGUUCUAUCCGCAAGAAACAGCCUGGAUCGCGUGCUUGGACAUCUCUGAUUGAGUGUAUCUCUGCAACUGGCAAGGCACUGCCUCCACUUGUUAUAUAUAAGGGCAAGAGUGUCCAGCAGCAGUGGUUUCCUCUAGAUCUGACGCCAUACGAAUCCUGGAAGUUCACAGCAACAGAAAACGGGUGGACUUCAGACUCUACAGCUGUUAAGUGGUUGACAGCACUUCCCUCCUACACACCACCCCACCGGCACCCACUGUUAGUGCCGCGCUGA